CUCCAGCUAGGCCAGACUCACCUCACCCGUGUUGACCUCCACCAGUGAAGUCUCUCCAGACCUACUACUGCAGGGCUAUCAGUACAGGUCAUAGGCAAUAGCCCUGUUCAACAAUCGAGACAAACCCUGAUUUGCAUUGGCAUUAGCAAGGCUUGCCUUUCCCCGUCGCCCUUGCAUCUAUCGCUGGCGAAUGCGAUUUGAUACUGGCCCUCUCAUUUGAGCUUCUCUACUGAUUCACUGAGACACCAAGUAGUUCGCUGCUUAAACAACCCCAACUUCCUCUUGAGUCACUCUUUCAACCCUAUUCAUUGGUUCAAAUGAAACCAGUUAUAGACUCAACCUAGCUCGGUAUGUCCUGGGCAUACCGUAGCUUGCUAUCCUCAUACUCACAGAUAAGAGAUUAUUGCAAUCAAAUCCAGCAUGUGGCCUUCAAUUCCAGCUUACAGGAGCUUCGCAAACGUAGCGUGUCCUUCAGGUGCAAAUUGCGAGUUGCCUCACUGCAUCUUUGAGCACAAUGUUGCAAAAUCGCCAACUACACGCCAUUCCCCAGCGCUCGAAGUGGAAGGACUCGGGUUGGAACCACAUGCAAAGCGUUUGAAGCUCAACGACGGCACGGAGGAGCCCAUUGCGCAGGUCACACCUCCACGAACCCAGGCAAACCCCAAUGUCUUUGUUGGAUCAAUUAUACCCAGAGACAAUGCACAAACAAGCAAAGCAACAAGAGACACCCAAAUCACUCCGUCAAAGACAGUGGUCCAACCGGGCCCUCCCGCUACACUGCCGCGCUCUGCUACUCGACCAGUAUCGCCUCCUCCCACGAUUGCUGCCACAAAACCCACCACCAAACCUGAUGUCCCAAUUCCUUUGAUGCCGCGCAAACUGAGCAAAGAGCCGGCGACAUUCACCAAGAGAAUUACCCUUCUCAAAGCGUUACACGCCUACCUGAAGCCACAGAACGACAAAAUUGCUAAAGCAGUAAAACCCGAGAUCAAAGCUUUGCACCUGACUCCAAAUCAACUCAUUAGGCAAGCCGUAGACGAGGAAGAGAAGAUAGCCAAGGAGAGCGGUUCAGUAUACGAGAAUAUACUGAAACAGCGUUUGGUCAAGCUGAAGGCCAUGACGCCUGAACUGUGGGUCAAAGAGAGACGAGCGGCUUUGGUGAAAGAGAAGGGAGAUCCACCAAAGAAAGCACCGCCGAGCAAAGUUGAUACUGGCCUCUCCCCAAAAGAGGAGAUCAUUUUUCUUUCAGCCCUCAAAUGCCCACAGACUGGAUUGGACGCCCAUGGUUACGUUACCAAACUGCCAACCGAGGAGGAGCUGACGGAAGCCCGCAAGGUUCAUGAGAUGGCGGGUUUCUGGGAAGAGUGUGAUCGCUGUAACACGCGUUUUCAAGUCUUCCCGGAACGAAGAGAAGAAGACGGUGCACUCACGACUGGGGGCCAAUGCAAACACCAUUGGGGCAGACGCAAUUUCCCUAAGAGGGUCAAGAAUGCGGUUCCAGAACCCACAAGGCUGACGUGCUGCAACGAGCCAGUGGGAUCCCCAGGUUGUGUCACUCACGACACCCAUGUGUACAACGUGAAGGAUUCGAAGCGUCUCUCUCUCAUCAUGCCCUUUAUGGAAACGCCAGAAAACGACCAAGCACCACCACACACAGCCGUAUGCUUUGAUUGCGAAAUGGGCUACACAACCAACGGUCUCGAAAUGCUUCGCCUUACCGUCAUAUCCUGGCCAACCCACAAGCCGCUCAUCGACGUCCUAGUGCGGCCCCUCGGCCAUCUUCUAGACUUGAACACGCGCUUCUCCGGCAUCACAGCAGAGCAGUUCCUCAACGCAAAGCCGUACGACCCAGAAGACCCAAAGCCCGUCCGAAAAGAUCUGCGAAUCGUCGACUCGCCCUACAGAGCGCGCGAGCUCUUCUUUGCCCACGUCUCGCCCACGACGCCCGUUCUGGGUCACGCCCUCGAAAACGAUCUCAACACGAUUCGUAUCAUCCACCCCACUAUCAUCGACACAGUCCUCCUGUACCCGACGCGCCAAGGUCUACCAUACCGCCACGGACUUCGAAAUCUUGCAAAAAUGCACUUAGGGGAGGAUAUCCAGCAAGGAGGCGCUGCAGGACACGACAGUUUUGAGGAUGCCAGGACUACGGGUGAACUCGUUCGUUUCAAGGUCAAGGAGAAGUGGAAGGUGAUGAAGCAUGAUGGCUGGCAGGUUACGAGCGAUGGUGUUUUGCCGCCGAUGCCAAAGGGCACGCCGCCUCCACAGGCGCCUGCGGUUCCGUCGAUGGUUCCGGUGGCCUCGGUGGCUGUGCUGGAGGGGAAGCCGGCGGAGAAGCGGAAGUUUGAGGGGGAGUAUGAGGAAGAUGAGCAUGGUGAUGAACUAUCAGCGACGAAACAAGGUUAAUAUAGGAACAGACACUCAUUGCCAUGCCCUGUCUAACCUCCCAGAGCGAUAUAUAUUCUCAGCCUAUGAAGCCUCUACUAUUCAGGGACAAUUGUUCCAAGGCAUUUUGUCUGGAAGAGAUAAGCGAUUAUGUUUAUCUUGCUGUAGCAUAACGUUACGGAGUACGGAAUUUCUAGAGCCGGAUAUUCUCUCUACUUUGCAGCGAUGGACGCUGUUUGAAACAUGUCUGGCAAUCAUUUGCCAAUACAUGACACCGUUUUCAGGUGUCCUUCCC